AUGGACGAUAACAUCCACGCUCCCACGGUGUCCUCCGGGCCUACGUCCGGAGAGGCCCCUCGCGACUUGGCCACACUUUCUUUGGUCGACUUGAUGCAAGAAAAAGAACGUAUUGAAGAGGAACUUUCGGCCCUCAGCAGUGUCCUCAGCUCUCAUGGCGUAAACAUGAAUACCUCGUUAACAACCUUUGAUGGAUACCCUCGAGACGAUAUCGAUGUCGCUCAAAGUAAAAUUCUCGCCCUUGCUCCGUUAUAUAUGCUAAGCUCUACGUCAGUCCGCACGAUCCGAUCUAAAAUCAUUCGACUUCGCAAUGAUCACAAGGAAGCUAUGACCCAUCUUGAGAAGAAGGUCCACGAUCAUUUUACCAAUCUCCACCGCGCGCAGAUUAUUACAUCUCCUCCCGAAACUCCCAAUGAAGGUACUGUCGCUCAGGCCGGCUUGUCUGACAAUUCCGUAUCGAAUGCUCGAGGACAUGGGCUACCGUUUGCGACGGUGAACAGUGUUGUGUCCGCAAGUCCCGCUGACCAAGCUGGGCUGAAAACCGGCGAUACAAUUUGCAAUUUUGGGAACGUGAAUUGGAUGAACCAUGAACGUCUCACCAAGGUCGCAGACCUCGUUCAACAGAAUGAAGGUCGCACUCUCACUGUCAAAGUAAUCCGAAAAGAUGAGUUGGGUGGCAGUGCGGAAUUAGAUUUGCAGCUUACUCCACGCCGAAACUGGGGCGGUCGUGGUCUAUUGGGCUGUCACCUUGUUCCUCUCUGA